CCAGGGCCGGGGCCAGGGCCGGGGUCGGGGCCAGGGCAGGCUCCGGCUCCGGCCGUCACCGCCCCUCACAGGGCACCUUCCCCAGCCAUGUCCCCCAACUACAUCCGGAGCUUCUCGGAGGGAUGUCUCCGGCCGCCAACAGUAAUUGGACAAUUCCACACUCUUUUUUUUGGCUCAAUUCGAAUGUUUUUCCUUGGUGUUUUGGGCUUUGCUGUUUACGGAAAUGAGGCCUUGCAUUUCAGCUGUGACCCAGACAAGAGAGAGGUUAAUCUUUUCUGUUACAACCAGUUCAGACCUAUAACUCCUCAGGUAUUCUGGGCAUUACAGCUGGUGAUUGUACUGGUACCUGGAGCUUUUUUUCACCUUUAUGCUGCUUGUAAGAGCAUCAAACAGGAAGAUAUUCUCCAAAAGUCAUCCUACACUGGUUUUUAUAUCUUCUCUGUUUUCUUAAGGAUCGUCCUUGAAGUUGUGGCUUUUUGGCUUCAGAUUCAGCUCUUUGGUUUCAAAGUGAACGCAGUCUACAUGUGUGAUGUGGGAGCACUUGAUAAAAAGUUUAACAUUACCCGAUGCAUGGUGCCAGAGCACUUUGAAAAGACAAUCUUUCUUAUUGCAAUGUACACAUUUACUGUGAUUACAGUGAUCUUGUGUGUUGCUGAAAUUUUUGAGAUCUCAUGUAGAAGGCUAGGUAUCUUAAAAACUCAGUGAUGUCAACUCACACUCAUUGACUGCUCUGUCCACCUGCAGUUUUGUAACAAUGGUUUCAAACCACAGCAGAAAAACAUCUCCUGUCCUCUAUGCAGUGCUGCAGAAGAGAACCACACUCACGAUUACUGAGGCAGAAUAGUCACUUGACAUAAACUUCUCAUCUAAACCUUGCACACUAUGAGAAUAAUCUUUGUUUCCAUGUGAAGGUCAAAGGCACUAAGAUCUCCAAGAGCAAUAUACUUUCAUGACCCGCCACCUAUGAUAGUUCUGCCUCCAGAGGAGUGUCUGCGUGUGAGGAGAUGGUUAUUUAUAAACGCACUUCUAUUCACAGCUUUUCUGAACACAUGCUAUCUGAGUUAAUAAGGCCAUUGCCUUCUAGGAAAAAUUAUUGCAAAAUUUUUACAUGUCCUUAUGGCUUGAGAAUUGAACAAUAAUAGUGGAUACUCUCUGGGUACCAGAAAGCAUUCAAGCAUCUUCCCAAGAAGUGCCACUGAGAUGCAACCUGCAACUCAGCCCCCAGGGGCGGAGACUCCUGGAUAGGCUGUGGUGACAACAUACCCAUGGAUACCAGCUUACUUUGCAGAGGUUCAGCUACUGUCACCUGCUGGCGCAGAAUCUCCUUUUAAAAGUGAAAGAGUAGCAUGGUAUUCUUUGUGCUGACUACAACACCUCAUUAUGCUUUGGCUUACCAUGUAGAAGAUUUUUACCAAUUUAAUAUGAUCACAUUUUGAAGGAGGAAAAGGGCUUUUUAACAAUUUUGCAUAAGUGGCUUCAAAGUGUCAAAAUAAAAUCUUGGAGAAAAGCCUUUCCUAGGCCCAAUCAUGAUUUGAUUUCAAUGUGUUUUGCUUGCGGGUGACUGCAGAAUUGGGCCCACAGAAUUUUCUGCUCUUUGUGUCACAUCUAACUUUUUCUUGCUCUGACUAAAGCUGUUAGAAUAACAGUGAAAAAAGAACUCUGCAUAUUAAAAUUAUUCUAUGCAGUAAGUGUAUUGGGUUGGGUUAGGUUUUUUUAUAGGCAUCAGAUGUUUUUGUGUACAACAGCUUCUUCUUAAGCUCUAAUAAACAUAUUAAAUUUAGAGGUGAUUUCCUUGUGCUGAAG